AUGACUCGAGGGAGAGGCAGAGAUAGCAUAGCUCGUGGAGGCAAGUCCUCAGUUAGGGGUAGGGGUAAUUCUGCUAUUCCUGCAAAUAUGCCUUCUAUUCCCAUUCCCAUAAUUAGUCCUCAACAAGGUGGUACGAGUUUUUUAGGUGGGCGAAAUCACAUAAACCAAGUACAAACUUUAGCUUCUAGCAGUACCACACCCGUUCAAACAUCAGGUCAUGGUAAUACCCCAACUAUCCAUUCUGAAUCAUCUCCUAAUACACCUGAUCAGAGUAACCCAAUAGGUGAGGGCAUAUCUACUCAAAGCAACACAAUUGGCGAAGGUGAGUGCACCAGUAGUCGCGGGCAGCGGACUACUCUUGCUCCUACAGGGUUAGAACCUAGUGGAUUAUGCUCGUCGAAAAUAUUUAAAUCUUUCAAGCAUGAACUUGAUCCCAAUGGAAUCAAUUGGAAAAGUGUCUCUGACGAGAUAAAAAACUUUUAUUGGGGAGAAUUCAAGAAGAAAUUCUAUUGGGACUCUUCCAUGGAUAGUGCAGUGAGGAGCCAAUGGGAGAUUAAGGCAUCAAUAAGGUACAAAGAUUUCAUUUCAAAAAUGAAAUCUAAAACAGUUAGGCCAAGAGGUGUUCAAGAAGAAGUGUGGGAAAGUUGGGAACAACUUUGGAAAGAUCCCAAGUGUGUUGAAAAGUCAGAAAUAAAUGCAAAGAAUCGUCGUGGCGGUAGGAGUGGAGUCUCCAUUGGGACUCACACAGGCGGCUCUGUCUCCACUGGAGAGUAUCGCAAGAGACUUUUAAUUGAAAAGGGUCGAGACCCAACACCAAGUGAAUUACAUUUGUACAUCCAUACACAUGGGCAUGAUGGAAAAUCUUUUCUUGAUGAGAAAGCUCGACUUGUGCAUGAAAGGUAUCAGAAAAUAUUACAGGAACAAACACAAACUCAAUCUGAUAUUGAUCAAUGUAAAGCAUAUUACGAAGCCGCGGGAGGGGAAAAGAAGAGAAGAGUAUAUGGUCUUGGAUCUCAAGCAAAAUGCUACUAUGGACCGAAUCUUCGUGGCUCUUCCGGAUCAGAUGCUUCAUCAUCAAUACCACCUUCGGGUGCUCAAUCAGCAUCGAACCUGGAUGAGUUAGUGAGGCAUUUGAUUCCUGCACUAACAGAGCACAUAGUUCCUGUGAUAACUGAUCAUAUGCUUCCAGUAUUGACUGAGCGGGUGCGUGAAAUGAUUUCGUCAUCACCCUCACUGACUUCUACUGACCACCCAUUAGAUGUGGUACCAACAGUUCAUGUUCCUACUACUGCUACUGUUCAUGGGGUUCAUCCAUCUGUUUCAGAUGAUGACCUUAACCUCUAA